AUGCAUCACUCGCUUGCAACAGAUGUAGGUGUGACUCCCGCUUUGAGGAGACGUCGAGAGAGGGCUGAAAGGCAACGCAGUUUUAUUCGUGAACAGCAGGAAACGGCUGCUACACUUAAAGCUUCUCUUGGUAAUACAGAGGAUAGUAUUGAGGAUGAAAAUCAGAAGACAUCACAGCGAAUUAGUAAUGGAUCUAUAGAAGGUUCCAACAAGUAUCAGAACAGAGUACCAAGUCGAAAAGAUAUGACACCACUCCUCAAUGCAGUUAAUUCAGCAGAAAGUGAAGGCAAAGUAGGUGAUGGCAUUUUAAAGAAACCUUGGGUAUUAUCUAUGAUGUAUGGUAAAAAUGCAGAUGGAAUGGAGAAUGUCGAAGCUGAAGACAUGAAGACUCUGAACGAAAAUGGAACAGAUGAAAGCUCUGAGAGAAAGAUGCUUUUACAAUUGAAACGUGAGAACACAGUCAAAGAUCUCACACAGAAACUUUCAAAUCAGAACAUACUUCACAGUCCUGUUGAGGAGGGAAAUAAAAUCAACAGGAUAGGUGAUAUGACUGGUUUAAUUUCAAAAGCGAAAGAAGGCCUAGCUAAAUCUAAAUCUAAGGCUGAUGUAACAAAAAGUCCUACUGGUGAAAAUGUGCCAAAAAUGGUGGAGCAGAAAAAGUCAGAAACAGAAUUACAUUGGGAAGAACUCCUCAGCUCCUUGAAGCGACCUCUUUCUUUGUGUGAUUUGGACUUCACCGAUUUGAAAAGUGAAGAUGAAGUUGAUGUUCUUUCACCUACUCAUGUUUCCAAUGGAGUUCCUCCGCCUCCACCUCCAGUUCCUAUGGCUCCAGGAAUGCCUCGAAUGGGCAAUGGAGCUCCUCCUCCACCACCUCCAGUUAACAGAUUUGGAAAUUCAAAUGCACCACCUCCUCCAUUGUUUGGUGUGAAUUUACGGAACAAUAGAAUUGGAACAGGAAACACAACUUCCUCUGAAUCCAACAAAACACCUCCAUCCCCUACAAAGAAAACCAAAAAAACUGUCAAAUUGUUUUGGAAAGAAGUUCGUGAUGAUCCUAUCAUUCUUGCCAAACUUCAGAAGUCUGGCAUGAUAUGGGAUGAAUUGAGUCCUGUGAACGUGGAUACACAAAAAUUGGAACAUCUUUUUGAAUCCAGAGCAAAAGACUUGAUAACAAAGAAACAACAAGAGAUGAAUAAAAACAAGGAAAUAAUAGUCCUGGAUCACAAGCGCUCCAAUGCCAUUAACAUAGGCAUGACGAAACUUCCUCCACCUCGUUCAAUUAAAACAGCAAUAUUGAAGAUGGAUGCAACCAUUAUGAAUAGAGAAGGCAUAGAGAAAUUGCUGACAAUGUUACCAACAGAGGAAGAACGAGCCAAAAUACAAGAAGCACAAAUGGCAAAUCCUGAUCUUCCCUUGGGAAGUGCUGAACAGUUCUUGCUGACUCUAGCUUCCAUAUCUGAACUUCCAGCUCGACUUAAAUUAUGGGCUUUCAAAUUAGAUUAUGAAAAUAGUGAGAAAAUAGAAUAUCUUGCAAAAGUUCCAGAAGUGAAAGAUACUGUUCAUAAGCACUCUCUUUUACAUCAUCUUUGUCACAUGGUCAUGGAAAAGUUUCCUGAUUCUUCCGAUUUAUAUUCUGAAAUUGGAGCUGUCACUAGAGCAUCCAAAGUUGAUUUUGAUGAACUUGCUGCAAACAUACUCAAAAUGGAACAGGAAUGCAAAGCAUCAUGGGAUCAUCUUAAAGUAAUUGCUAAACAUGAUGGAACUGCAAUGAAAAUGAAAAUAUCCGAGUUUCUUGCUGACUGUGCUGAAAGAAUAAUUGUAUUAGGGAUUGUUCACAGACGAGUAAUGAAUAGAUUCCACAAAUUCUUAUUGUGGUUGGGCAUUCCUCUUCAUCGAGUACAAGAUAUGAAACCGAACGAAUUUUGUAGGAUUGUCUCUGAGUUUUCAUUGGAAUACCGCACUACAAGAGAGAGGGUACUCCAGCAAUUAGAAAAGAAAGCAAAUCAUAGAGAGAGAAAUAAGACUCGUGGAAAGAUGAUCACUGAGGUUGGAAAAUUCAGAACAAAAGAAGAUAGAGCUGAUGCAGAGUUGCGACAACUCCUAGGAAGUGAUAUCUCAGAUGCUGAAAGUAUUCAUGGUACACUGCCUUGGAGGAGACAGAGGAAAGAUUUAGGACGUACAUCUUUGGGACCCUUGAUCUCCAGUGAAACUGUCAAUGGGAAUUUGACAGAUGGUGAUGAUGAAAUCCUGGAAAGCUUGGUUAAGACUGCAACUAAAGCUCCCACCACACGCACUACCCCAAGGGAAAGGAAGAGAACAAGACAUGCUGAUCUAAGGAGAACUCUCAGAAAUGGACUUUCAGAAGAGGAUAAAAAACAUCUAGCUGCUUACAUUAAGAACUUGGAAAUGUUCUUCUUAUUGAAAACAAAAUUUAUUAAUAAAACUAAGAUUCCAUUCAUAAAAAUAUCCUUCCAACCAUGUUUUAAAUGUAAAAUGGAUCAUGUUUUCAUUUCACAGUGGUUUUGGAGAAUCCAAAUAAGUGGUGGUAAUCGUAAUAGUUCCAAAUUUUUUACUUAA